UGGUGGAGGUGUCCCUUCUACUGCCCAUAUUGCUAUGCUGCCACCACCUAUGGUUGCAAAGCAACCUAUUGUAGCGCGGAAUACUAAACCCACGACAGUACUAGCGGGAUCACAUUGUUUUAAGUGUGGCAAGACUGGCCAUAGGAUAGAAAAAUGUAAGAACAACGAUAGGACUGGGAAGGGGUUGUUCGCUGAUAGUGGAGACCUCAUAGAGGAUCUGACUGAUGACUUUGAACUGAAGACAGUCAGUAUUGAGAGGAGUGUGUGA